ACCAAUUUACAACAGAUUGUGACUCAUAGUAUUGUCGCCAUGGCCACCAUUUUCUCAUCACUUCACAACAGCAGAGCUACAAAGCGAACCCAAGCGAAGUAUUAAGAAUAUUUCACAAAUAACUUAAUAGAGUUCUAUUUACAUACAUACAUAUUCAGACAAGGGUGUUAAGGAAUUUGACAAAAUCUAUCCAUCUUUGCUGCUUACUUUCUUGGGAAAUGGAAUAAACUAUUACACGAUACACAAACGUUUAAAGCAGGCCGAACUAAUUUAUUUUGACGUGCUCGACUGAUGUCCCUGCAUACUGCUAGAUUUGAGAGCUAAAUAUGCAAAUAAAUAGGGAUGAUAUUAUGGCUACAUAACAUCGCCAAUGUUGACGUUCAUAUUUACACAUGCGUACAGCGUCAGAGCUGAAAUAGAAUAAGCAGGAAGUUAAACAUCUCCCGAAUUUAAAAGAGAUCUCAUGUCAUCCUUAAAUUAUUCCGCGUGCAUUGGAAACGGCUCCUUUGGGCUCGUCUUCGCCGCCACUGAUCCAGCCACCAAUUCUUCCAGCGCUGUAAAGGUGCUCUUCCCAGAAUCUGACGCUGAAGGAGGCGAAGUAGAAGAGAAGCAAAUUCGUCGCGAGUGCACCAUCACGGCAAACCUUGACGAGCAUGAGAACGUUGUGAAAAUAAUAAGCGUUACUGAGAAGCAACUUAGUUUAGCUGAAAUGGAGCAACUACUCCCGGAAAAUUUAUUCGAAACGAAAGAACAAACCAAGUUUAGAGCAGGUCUAGUACACAGAUUGAGAAUAGCUACAACCAUACAAGGAUUUUUCAUACAAAUGGAACUUUGCGGCGAGAAUUUGAGAAAGUGGCUGAAAAAACAAAUUACUCAACAAGAUGAUAAUAUUCAUUACCAACAGUUUAUCAUAGUUCGAAAUUUGAUUGCUGGGUUGAAGUAUUUGCACGAUAACAAAAUUAUCCAUCGUGAUGUAAAACCGGAAAACGUGAUGUUCUCAAAAGUCGGUUUCGUAUUUCCGGUAAAAAUCGGGGAUUUUGGCCUAAGUCGAAACCUGCAUUUAGAGGAGAGUCAAAAUAGCAGCUUAACGAGUCGCGCUGGCACCUUUGGUUACAUGGCUCCUGAAUCAUUUACAAAAGAUUAUACUUUUUCGGCUGAUCUUUUUGCGCUGGGAUUGGUAAUCUGGGAGAUUGUUCAGCUCAUCAAAUUCAACGAGAAGAAGCGUCUAUUCGACCGACUUGUAAACGACAGGGAAGAAUCGCUAAUACAAUUGCCACUGGAAACUCAAGGGGUCAAAGAACUGAUUAUUGCCUUAGCAAAACGACAGGUCGGCGAAAGGCUGAAAGAUAUGGAGCAAGUAAGUCAGUUCAUUGUGGUGUGGAAAUUUAACAGUAUUCAGAAUAAUAGUGCAAUCACUCGCAUCGCCAACAAUAAUACAAAUAUUAUUGCAAAAAACGAAGACGAACUUCAUUCCUUUUUGCUAGACGCGAGACCAGGAUCAACAGUGACCCUGAUUGAAAACCGUUACCGUGGUACGUUCCUGGUACAAGGAGAAAACAUCACAAUUAUUGGACAUGGCGAAACCACAAUUAUUGAAGGCUCGGGAUCCUCAAGCUGUAUCGUCGUGAAUGGACUGGGUCACAAGAUCAGCAACCUCAAAAUUCUACAUGGUGGGCAGGAUUAUAAAAGCACAGAAGACGAAGUUAACGACAUUGCCUGUUUGAAAGUGAUGGGUGGUGGGAACUCAUUUUGUAAUGUGACAUUAUCCGGAGGAACUUGGUGUAUUUCCGCAUCCGGUAGCGAUCAUAAAUUCGAGAAGGUCAAAUUGUCCGAUUCGCCGAACGGGAUACAUCUCGGUGGAUCUUGUAAUGUUAUCCGUAACGUGCGGCUUGAAAGAAUUUACGCUUUUGGUAUUUACAUUGCGCCGUGAUCGAACCGUAAUACCAUUUGGAACGUGACCGGAAGCAAUAUGGUGGUUGGAAUUCGAUCUUUCGGCAACUUCAAUAGGUUUUCCAGAAUUAACAUAAGUAACAGCCAAGUCGAAAAGUUGUCGUGUGGAGUGAUGUUAACCAACACUGAGUUCAGUCACGUUGAAAAUCUUACCUGUUCAGGCUUUCUUAGGGAAGGAGAGUACGGUCUAUUUAUUGAUUCAUACAGGUCAACUGCUCUUAAUUGUAAAUGUAGCUCAGUCUGGAUAAACGGGAAUGAUAUUGUCCUUACAGAUGUGGAUGGAGGGAAAGAAAUUUCCAUCAGUAAAAAUUCUCUUGGCGUAAUAUUAAUUAACUGUCGUGGGGAGCUACUCCGAGCAAAUAGCAAGGUGCACCUAAGAAGCUCAGUAUUUGAUAGGGUAAAAAAACCUGUGUUAAAAUAACGCAUAAAAUUAGAUGAAAUAUAUGAGGAAAUAUACGAAACCCACACUUAUCGUUUUAUUAGACAAAUUUAUAAUAAACAAAUGUAUACGUCUGAACGCUAGCGCCCGUGAGAAUAAGUUCUUUUCAACAAUUAUAUGGAUGUUUGGAACAAACUUUAUUUCUUUGUAAAUAAUUAUUAGCAUUAUUCCCACCAACUGAAAAAUGAAACUGUGGGUUUCUGACAGCUUGUGUUUUAAUAAACAUUACCAAAUGCCAUCCGUACGAUCUGACAUUUCUCCUCUUAAUAUGCGGAAUGUUAAAUACUUAUCUAUGUUUAUGCGUUUUCGAAAAACUCAGGUUUAUGUACUUGUGCCUCACCCAAGAAUAAAAUGCAUACG